CCAGAACAAGAUUGAAGAUUGUGACAACUUCAACAUUCUUUAUUUCUCAUCUUUUUAUUUUUUUUUAAAGUUUGAGACUUUUGGUUUUACAAUUUAACUCUAUUUCAGACCCUACAUCCCGCAUCCUGCAUAACAGCAUCAAUGAUGUGUGCUUAUAUGUAAUUGGAUAUAACCCUGGAGAUUCAAUUCUGAUCAAAAACAUGAUCAUACUCAUAUGAAUAUAUGAAUAUAUGAAUCUAUAUAAAGCCAACUGUUCAUUAGCCAGUUCGGUUUCAAGAGAAGAUUUAUUUAUCAAUAAUCAAAUAUACCAAAUAUACCUCAGAUCAUGGCAUUCUCUGCACUCCCGCCUGAGCUGCGCAGCCUCUGUCGGAGGUUGACAUCGACCAAAGCAGAGCGGCUUCCAGCCCUACUACCCUCUCUCCUCAAGGAUAUAUUACGUUGUCAAGAGCCGCUAUCGAAACCUCAAGAAGCAAAAUCUUCUGAAGGUUCUACCGAAUCUGCGGUGCUCGUACAUAAGCUUAAGACUCAAAUAUCCACGCUCUUAAACAGCAGAACUGCCCAAGGUCGUUUUGUUGGAGUGGCUCUUGUCAAGGCUGUCAUGGAAACUGGCGGCUGGGAGUGUCUUCGAACAUCCGAGUCAUGGGUUCGAGGGCUGUUGUCUGUUCUCCAAAGGAAGGACCCUGCAGUUAACAAGGGUCUAUGUGUUGUGACUGUAGUCAAGAUAUAUUCUUUGAUGCAUGCGUACCCAACCCUGGUACGAGAGAUUGUGACACCCACUCUCCCAACAUUUGCGACGGCAUGUCUACAAAUAUUGAAGCCUCCUGUAUCUAGCAAGGCUGCUAAGGCGCCUUACAACCUCGUCGAGACUAUAUUUGAGGCCCUUUCAACUCUACUUCCAUUAUACCCGACUACUUUGCGUCAGUUUGCCGGCAAGAUCAGAGCUGAGACUCGAUUAUAUGUUACCCCUACUAUCUCAGACGGCGUUAUAAUCCCAGCAUCUUUACAAGCAAGCAGUCGACACAUCGCCCUGAGGCUACACAUGACGGCGGCAAAGGGUGGAGAUUCGACUGAAUGGGCAAAGCAUUUAGAUGGACUUAUCAAGGCUUUUCAUUUUACAGCUGGUCUGGUCUUGCGCGGCGUGAUAGAGAACUGGGAGCCAAUAUCGGGCCACGUAUCAGACUAUACACCACAGCAGAUGGAUUUCAAUAAAGAUCCCCAAGGUGAUGGUACUGGUCCAGAUCAGUUCCCCUCAUGGACUGGCAUCUACGCAGGCAGUCAAAGAAUGAUCGGCCAACUGGAUUUUAUUGGCGAAUACCUCCGGUGCCGUACAAAAACUGCCGUUACUAUUCCGGUUGGUGCUAUUGUCGACAUUGUUACGAGGAUGUCCUCGAUUUUCCCACCGACUCCCGGGAGAGAAAAGUCGGGGUUGGUCCAAAUGAAUCCAGCUGUUGGCAGAGAGGAAAAGGAUGAGUUGUGGACAGUUUUUCCGGAUAUCCAACUCGCCACAAUGAAACUACUUCUCGUUGUAAUACAACGACUAGGGAGAAAUUUUGCACCAGUAGCCCCGGAAUCGCUUGAGCAGCUACUACGAAUGUUCGAAUCAAGCUAUCGUCUACCUGAGAUUCGGAUGAUAGUAUUCCAUCUAACCAGAGAGAUACUUGAAAUUUGUGGGCCGACGAUGCCAAAGCUCACAGUCGAGGGUCUAAGUUUGAUUAUCAAAACAUGUUGUAGGGAUCUCUUAGGCUCCGCAGGUCACCUCAAACGUCCCAAACUGUCAACCUCUACUCCUCAGGGCGGAGCAAAACCCAAGUCAGUCACUCAGAAUGUAGACGCUUUUCUCAGCAACAAAACAGAAAAUGAAUCAUUGGUCGUGUCGCUAAACGCGGAUCAUGUUUCGGCCGCUGCGAAACUCUUGACUACUCUAUUCAGCCAUGUACCUCAGCAACAUCUUCCAUCCUCUCUUCGAGCUCAAAUGCUUAGAACAGCUAUCCUAGCCCAGAUCAAGGAGGCCCAGGUGGCAAGCGUACUACAUCCGUCACGAGACAGAAGUGGUAGAACACCACAAGUGAUACUACCCUAUCUUACUCAACAAUUUCCUCGUGAUGAGUGUGUCGAAAUUCUACGCUUCAAUUUCCGACCGAUAGCGACGGGAUUUGGGAAUAAUAUCAUGGAUCUUGACGACACGCUACACGAAGACGAGCUGGAAGAGGAGUCUUCCGCCAAUGGUUUCACAUUUGACAAACUAUCCGAACCCUCUUUUACAAACCCUCGAGAUAUACUAGCAGCAACAACGGCCAAGUCCACCGAAGUACAGCGAGCCUCUUCUCCUGUACCAGAUACCGAGCCCGUAGCAAAAGCCCCGAAUCCGUUCCUCCCUAUGUCGUCUUCAAAAGCAACUAUCUCGUCUGAGGUUCGUACUUCAGUCGUGCAGCCAUCGCUCUCGACCAACUCGCUUAAGCGGAAGAGCGAGGAGGCGGAUAUUGCUGUUGCAAAACGGGUCGAGAUCGACACGUCGACAAUCAUCAACGCUCCAGCACCAACGACUAUCGCCCCGCCGAUCCAAGCUCCCACGACGCUCGGUGUGGGGGGCGACCAGGAGAGCGACGGGGAAAGCGAUAACGAGAGUGCUCAUCUUAAUAUGGAACUCGACACUGACGAGGAGGAGGAGGAUAAUGGCGACGGGGGAGAGGAAGUCUGAAAGGCUAACGAAUGGGCUCUCGAGCCGAUUUGUUUUGUGCAUGGCGUCACAUUCGGUAACUUGGCGGAGGUACCGCCGUGCGUUCCGGGUAAAGUGAUCCCACGCUUGCAUCUUUCCAUAAUAUAUGUACCUACCUCCAACCAAGAAAGAUAUAUCGAUAUUGUGCUGCAGUGCUAUACGUACCUAGAAUGCAAGGCACCGCCGUCUCCCGUCUCGUUUCACAACGCAGACCGCGUAAUUCAAUCUUCUUAUGUUGUUAGAUUGCAGUUGAUGAGGACGUCGUGGGGGAGGUUGAGGGUGGGUUGGCCACGCGAGCUGGCUCCUUUUAAGGGUUCAUCGUGAUUUUGACUUUGGGUAUACUAGGUACCUACCUACUGUAGUACUAUUUCAUCAAUGAUACAUAUAAGAGACACGCCACUAUGUUAUGUAGACGGCUACGUAGGCACUCUACAGGCC